AUGCCACACUCCUCGAUUCUAGCAGCAGAACUUCAAGCCAUUAGAGAUGGCCUAUCACUUGUAUGGACAUUGGGAUAUAGAGAUGUUCGACUCGAGACAGAUUCACAAUUGGCAGUUUCUCUAAUUCACUCUAGAGACCCGACCUUUCAUCACCUUGGAAGCCUAAUUAGUGAUUGCCGUUCACUCAUACAACAUAGAUGGAAUUGCACUAUUCACCAUAUCUUCCGCGAAGCCAAUGGAGUCGCCGAUAUGAUGGCUCGUCAAGGUCAUACACAUCCUCCAGGAGAACGUCUUUGGACAAUACCACCUCUGUCGGUGUGUCGUUUGGUCCAAAUGGAAUGUGGUUUUACUAGUUAG